UGUUGCCCAGUGCGCAGCGCUUUAGGCAGAGCAAGGAGGCGGAAAUAUUUCAGUACCCUUGAAGCGAACAGCGCUCCCGGGAUCCGCACGCUUUCUGAACACCGGGCUCCUCAUCCAAGCCCGGCGAGCAGGCAGGACUAUAUUCAUACCGGGGUUAGGGGACGGUGCAGCGGUCACGGUAAAGCUCUUGCAACAUCGUGACAGUUGCACGCUGCUGUAGUGGAAGGGUGAGAGAAAGGGAGGAAGAGAGAGAGAGAAGGGGAGCAUCAAUACAGAGAGAGAUGGCGGAGUGCGGGCGGAAGGCGCUGUCUCUCCUGGAAGCGGCCCGCUCCCGGUACGAGAGCCUGCAGAUAUCCGAUGAUGUGUUCGGGGAGUCCGGGGAUGACAGCAGCGACAAUCCCUUCUACAGCACCUCCGGGGACUCCGACUCCGGGGACUAUAUUGCCGAGGUGGGUGAGGAGGACCAGCAGCAGCCGCAACACCACCACCACCACCACCAGAAACGGGGCGAUAAGGAGGGCAGUGGACACCGUGGGGGGUCCGGAGGGGGCGGCGGUCCCCCGGGCGCCCUGUCCCGUAGUCAGGCGGAGGAGGAAGGCUGGACGGAGACUCUGCAGGAUGUCACGGUGCCGCCUUUCAAAGAGACAUAUGGCCCUGCUCAGAAGAUGACGUCCAGCGCCACAGCCCUGGACUUCUUCCAGCUCUUCGUCCCAGAUAACUGCAUCCAGAACAUGGUCACCCAGACCAACAUGUAUGCCAAGAAGUUCCAGGAGCGCUUUGGCUCAGACGAGGGCUGGCGUCCCGUCACAACCCAGGAGAUGAAGGCUUUCCUGGGCUUCGUCACCUCCACCAGUGUGCAGCGCUGCGAGUCCGUGCUCAGCAUCUGGAGCUCGGGCUUCUUCAGCAACCAGAGCAUCGCCUUGAAGAUGAGCCAGGCGCGCUUUGAGAAGAUCCUCAAGUAUUUCCACAUUGUGGCUUUCCGGCCGUCACAGGGGAGCAACCAGGGCCUGUACAAGAUCCAGCCCUUCCUGGACUCGCUGCAGCAGUCCUUCAGCUGCACCUUCAGACCCUCACAGACACAGGUACUUCAUGAGCCGUUGAUAGACGAGGAUCCGGUGUUCAUCACCACCUGUACGGAACGAGAGCUGAGGAAGAGGAAGAAGAGGAAGUUCAGCCUCUGGGUUCGACAGUGUACCUCCACCGGAUUCAUCUGUCAGAUCUCAGUGCAUCUGAAGGAAGGCACAGACUGUCUGGCCACCUUGAAGAAUAAGCCUCAGCUCCACAGCCUGGUGGCCAAGCAGCUCUGCCAGAACAUCUCUGGCAAGAACACCAUCAUCUUCACAGGGCCGUCCAUCACCAGCCUCGGACUCUUCACCGAAUUCAGCAAACAAGAUAUCUACUGCUGUGGCCUGCUGAGCACCAGGAAGAGCGACUGCACAGGUCUACCACAGAACAUGUUGGUGUGCAGCUCCACGCCAGCACAGCGCGGCCAAUCACGAGUCAUGAUGAAGGGCAGCAUGUCGCUGAUCAGCUGGUACAACAAGGGACACUUCAGGUUCCUCACCAACGCUUAUCCCCCAACAAAACAAGGUAUCAUCAUUAAGAGGAAAAGUGGGGAGAUCACUUGUCCCCUGGCUGUUGAGGCCUUUGCUGCGCACCUCAGCUACAUCUGCAAAUAUGACGACAAGUACAGCAAGUACUUUAUCUUUCAUAAGCCUAACAAGACCUGGCAGCAGGUGUUCUGGUUGAGCAUCAGCAUCGCCAUCAACAACGCGUACAUCCUCUACAAGAUGUCCGACGCCUACACGGUUAAACGCUACAGCCGAGCGCAGUUUGGAGAGAGACUGGUCAGGGAGCUGCUGGAUUUAGACGACUGCUCUCCCACACAGUGAGGAGGAGGACGGCAGCAACAGAAACAUACACACACACACACACACACACAAACACACACUUACACUUCAUAACAGUUGUACAGACUCUGAAGUCUGUGUUUAUGUGAUAAUACUGAAGCAGUGCCAAGUCUAUGUCUCUCUUCUACUAGUUGUUUUCGGUGGUACUGUAAAUAUUCAUUAACACACAGCUGCACUGUACACAGAAUAAUGAGCCAUGGGACAUUACACAUAACUCAAUUGCAACUUUUAACCAAACAAAUGUACUAAGGAUGUGUCACCAGGAGCUAUUUCACAGGCAGAGAUGCAGACGGAAACAAUGAAGGAGCAAUUCAACCUUAAAUGAUGUCAGCUUCCAGUUUUUAAAGAGAGUGAAGGCUCAAACAUGAACUUGUCAGGCUAAAAGGCUUCAUGUAUCUCGAUGUAAACUCUGCAAAAAACACCUGUGAUCGUGAAACAAGAGCUUAGUAAACCAGGACUAUAGUGUGUUCACACGCUGCAUGCAUAAAGAAUCUGGAUUGUGAUGUUUCCUUGUUUGGUGUGAAAAUGAUUUCUGCUGGAAGUGUGUGUGUGUGUGUGUGUGUGUGUGUGUGUGUGUGUGUGUGUGUGUGUGUGUGUGUGUGUGUGUGUGUGUGUGUGUGUGUGUGUGUGUGUGUGUGUGUGUGUGUGUGUGUGUGUGUGUG